AUGCCAGCUGUAGACCACAAAGCAGCCCUAAAGAUCGGAGAAAAGUUGAAUUUAUCCCCAUCCCUGAGACCAAUAUACCAACCCAAUACUUCAAGUUCGCCAGUUACAAUAUGUUGGAGACCCGAAGACAAGAUCCCAAGCUACUUACAGCAACCUCAUGUCAUGUGCACGGCUCAAAUCAAAGAGCUGUAUGCACACCGAACAUGGUAUUAUGUCCAUUGCUCAAAAUGCCCAAAGAAGUUGUACCAAGAGGAUGACACCUCAACAUAUUUUGUAUGUGAAGACCAUGAGGACAUACAACCAAAGUUCAAGUAUUGCAUAAAUGCAUCCAUCACCAACGCAACAGGAACCUCUGAUGUCAUAUUCUUCAAUGAAGUUAUGACUGAAAUGUUGAACAUAAACUGCGAAGACAUGGUUGUAAAGCAUGGAUACAUAGACUCAAAGAUACUGCCACCACUGAUUAUCUCUCAAAUAGGCAUACCACACCAUUUCCACUUAACACUGAAUCCCGACCACACAAUUGUUGUGAACAGGAUAACACAACUUAUUGACAAUCGUUCGGGAAGAAAAUCCAUCCACCUACCCUCACUUACACCAGACCCAAAACCAAAAAGAAUACAACCACCUCCACCAGCCAACACAUCGCAGCCAUCACUGAUAGCAAGAAGGCACGACAACCAAAUUAGUAUGGAAUGUAAGAACAGCAUGUCGAAAUCUUUUGGAUACCCCAACAUAUGUACAUACCUAGCUUUUGUUGAACUACAGAUCGACUGCAACGCUAACCAAUGA